AUGCUGGAUACAUCUGAGCUCUAUACCGCUGUUGAGCGGGUGUUUACCAGUCCAGCGAAUGCGUCCACAGACGAUCUCUCAAAGGCAUGUCGUUUCUGCGCCACUGACGAUCAGUCUGUUGAGGCUUUUGAGAGUGUGAAGGAUCUGAAGGCUGCGUUAUUAGGUCUACUGAAUGUGUCACUGGAAGGAAGAAGCGACGGUGAUGGAAACAGUGUUGACAUUCGAAGGGCUCGGCUGGCACUGCGCACGCUUGUCAACGCAGUGAAUCGAAGCAGAAAAUUCGCAGAGAGCGUUUCUGCAGACUGCUUAACGUUGUUCCGAGCUCUCCUGCGUAUCCCUGAACUCCGGACUGAAACUUUUGCUGCUCUUGUGGCCCUUGCUAGAUCAAUGCGGAUCGUGUGUGGUCUGGAAGAUUCUUACGCGACCUUGCUUGGUGAACUGGUUCUGUUGUGGGAAUCCCAAGAUGUCAUCGAUUCAGAUAGAUCUUGGCUGUCAGCAUUUGUUUCCAUCCACUUAGAGGAGGAUUAUGGGUUUCUGUCUAGCUGUUUCGGCGAUCUAUCAUGUGAUGAGUUUGCUGCUCUCCUUCACAUAGCUGAAGUGCUCAUGGACUCAAGUCAUGCUGAAAUCGUGACGAAGGCUCACUCCAACAACAUUUCGUUUUGUGCCGACUUACUGGAGCGUAUUGUGCACGAUUUUGGUGAGGAAGUUUCGCAUGAACGAAGACUAGCGUAUAUUGAACAGAUCACGUAUUCAAUUGAAAUUCUAGCUUCUGCUGCUCUGAGAGAUUCCGAAUAUUCAACCCAGUUUCUAGGUCGACCAGCUGUUGUAGAGAUAAUAGUAGAUAUUCUUGAAUCUGUUCUGGAUGCGCAGUGGUUAGACGAAAACGAAGAGCAAAAAGACGGCACCCUUCAAGCUCACGUAGACAGGCCGCCGAAGGUACCAGAAAUCCGUUGCGUCCGAAUUCACGACUGUCCUCAGCUAAGCGCCCUAUCAGCGGCGGUGCGUGACUCACCGAUGGAGCUGAGAGCUACUCUUAAAUGCGCUGCUGUUCGAGCGAUUGGUAAUCUUUGUUGCGAGAGACCUUCACUUCGAGUAGCAGCUGGUGCAAAAGGAGCGGUUUUAGCUGUUCUUCGCUGCGCAAGACUCACAGGGAAUGAUCGACCCUUUAUAGUGCAAUGGUCGAUAGCUGCUCUGCGUCACUUGUGUCUUGGAUGCCCUGAGAAUCAAAGGUUCAUUUUGGAAAUGGACCAGAAACCCACUGGAGUUAUUGAUCGAGAAAAGCUUCUGAAAGAAUUGGGUAUUGAUGUCGAGGUGGAAACAACAGGCUCUGUCCGACUGAUCAACAAAUCUCACCAAAAUUAA